CCCAGGCGUGUCUACUUCCCUCGCGACAGCUCGGAGAAGACGACAAGGCACUGGGGGCAGAGAAAGCUUCUGAUGUGUGAGAUCAAGUUUAUUCUAGAUCACUGCAACCCUGGCAUCCGUGAGGUGCUCUACAUCGGAGCGCACCUCCUCGUGAUUGCUGAUCUAUUUCCUGAUCUUCAUUUCACCCUCAUUGACCCUUCACCGUUUCACAGUGGCAUACUGGCCAUGAAUGCAAGAUUCAGGGUCAUCAACAGGCUUUUCGAUGAGUCCAUGGCGGAGGAGUACAAGGGGAGGACUGACCUUCUGGUCAUAUCCGAUAUCCGCUCGGCAAACUACAGGAGGGAGUCGACCGAUGAGAACGAGUUGAAAAUACACCGCGAUAUGGCGCUACAGGCGGUCUUUGUCAAGAUUAUCAAUCCAGCUGCUGCCAUACUGAAGUUUCAGCUGCCAUGGUCGGAUGGAAAGACCAAGUACCUGGAUGGAUACUUGAUGCUACCCAUAUGGGGGCCCUGCAGCACCACGGAGUGUAGGCUUGUGGUGAGGAAGGAUGCGGGCCUUCGCCUUUAUGAUAACCGAGAGUAUGAGGAGCAGCUGUUCUGGUUCAACACAGUGCGGAGG